AUGGUAUUACGAAAAGAUAUAGGCAAUGUAGAUUCGGCAUUGGAGGAGCUGGGGAGUUUAGGGAAGUAUACUCUUAUCCAAUUUUCAAUGCAAAUCUUGGCUCAGGUCUCUGUAGGUCACCACAUGCUCAGUAUAGUUUUUACAGGUCAAAAAAAUCCCUUCAGAUGUUUAGCACCAGGUAAUCAAAACUCAUCGGCCUUUGACCAAACUGGGAGUCUUAUAUCUACGAACCUAACAGCCAACAACUUCAGCGAAAUAUCGUAUGGCUAUGUUUGCCAGUCCGCAUCAGAGAUACAUUCGCUAAAUAACAUUUCCACUUCCUGCAAUGCCUAUAGUGUUCAAUAUCAGCUGCCGAAAGAUAGAUAUUUUGUAUCGGAGUUUGACUUGAUUUGUGAGCGUGAGUACUUGGCUGGUCUCACCCAGACACUAUUGACUUUAGGACACGCCAUUGGGUCACUUGCUGUCCCGUAUUUCGCCGAUAACUAUGGAAGAAAACCGGUGCUUCUUGUAUGUUCUCACUUGUGGCUAGCGUCUGCCCUGGCACAAGCUUUCUCUGUAAAUUACACCAUGUUCGCGAUUUUCAAAACACUGGGUGGAAUCUUUUUACAGUCUGUGGCGCAGACUUCUAUAACUGUCAUGGUGGAAAUCUUAACUGGCAGACAACGGGGAUACAUGUUUGGAUGUCUGGCCUACAUCUUCUGGACUGUAGGCAUCAUCCUUAUGGUACCAGUGGCAUAUGCACUUCAAGAACACUCCUGGCGAAUGUUAGAGCUUGCCUAUUGCAGCUAUUUCAUUUUCAUUUUACUCUACAUCUUUUUUAUGGACGAGUCGCUUCGAUGGCUGGCUGCCAACGGUCUCAAGGAGCGUGUGGUGUGGGUGCUGAAGAAAGCUUCGCGAUGGAACGGUUCUAACUUCGAUCAAGUUAUUUCUGCCUUUUACAAGGUAAACUGCAUUUCUCCUCCCUGUGUUACCGAGUUAUGUAGGGUAAGAACAGCGGUAAAUCUCCCAAGUUCAAUACCCGGUGAAGGCGAUUGCGUGAUUUGGGAUAAUGACCACUUUCAACUCUUGUCCAGGUUCUUCAACAGCCUCACUUACUACGGUCUGUUUUUGAUGUCCUCCAGCUUAUCCGGCAGUGUGUAUUUAAAUUACUUCUUGAACAGUGCUGUGGAAUUUCCGUCUGCCAUCUUUAUUUAUUUUUAUAUUGACAGAAAUCCCAGUUCUGCAACUACAAUGAACUGUUUUUUAAGAAUUUGUAAUAUUCUUUUUGUCAAAGGUCCACAAAAUAUGGUAAUCACUGUUCUGGCUAUCAUUGGAAAAUUCGGCAUAUCCGGCUCGUUUGCCACAAUUUACACCAUGACUCCAGAACUGCUACCCACUACUAUUAGAAACACAGGUCUUGGCUUGGCUAACAUGUCUGCCUGUGUUGGAGGAAUGCUGGCCCCUUUUGCUGAAUUACUGAUGAGCAAGGUUGUUUACGGGCCUGGUCUAAUUUUUGGCAGUGGUAGUCUCGUUCUGGGAAUCUGGGCAUUCUUCCUUCCUGAAACAGCCAAUCGGCAGCUUCCACAGAGUUUAAGAGACAUACGUAAUUGGUCAAGAGAACCUAAGACGACGAAUGAUAUGUGCACAUGCUGCAGCACUUACAGAAAGAAAGAAACACCGGUUGCAACACUUACAGAGAGAAAGAAACACAGUCCGUAA